GGUUUUUUCAAUGAAGCUGGGACGCGGGAGCGCACUGCGGGGUCGGGCCCGGCCAGGAGCCUGGGAGUUGGCCAGCCAAGCGCAGUCCCCGCCGCCCCUCCUCGCCAACAUGAAGUACAUCGUGGGCAUCGGAGGUGUGACCAACGGCGGCAAGACCACGCUGACCAACAGCCUGCUCAAAGCGCUGCCCAACUGCUGCGCCAUCCACCAGGAUGACUUUUUCAAGCCCCAAGAUCAAAUAGCAGUUGGGGAGGACGGCUUCAAACAGUGGGACGUGCUGGAGUCCCUGGACAUGGGGACCAUGCUGAGCACUGUGCAGGCCUGGCUGGGCAGCCCCCAGAAGUUCACCCGCGCCCACAGCGUCCAGCUGGACGCCUCGGACACCUACAUCCUCAUUCUGGAGGGAUUCCUGCUCUACAGCUACCCGCCCCUGGUGGACUUGUAUAGCCGACGGUACUUCCUGGCCAUCCCGUAUGGAGAGUGCAAGUGGAGGAGGAGCACUCGAAGCUACCCGGUCCCCGAUCCCCCGGGCCUCUUUGACGGCCACGUGUGGCCCAUGUACCAGAAGUAUAAGCGGGAGAUGGAGGCCAAUGGCGUGGAAGUGGUGUACCUGGACGGCAUGAAGUCCCGCGAGGAGCUCUUCCACCAAGUUCUGGAAGAUAUUCAGAACUCCCUUCUGAACCACUCCUAGGCAUGGCUGGGGGAGAAGGGGCCCCGCCCAGGGAGCCACACAGGAUUGUAGCCACGGUACAGCUGAGCUGUGGCUUUCCGGCUGGAUCACAUGUGACCGCUUCCCUUGAGGGAGUCCGUACCUGAGGCCCCACUCCCAGCUCAGCAUAUCGAGGCCCCAGGAUCCCACCUCGAGAUGCCUCUGUAACCUCACAGCGGCUUAAGUAUUAAAUCUGGUCUGUUUUUUUAA